AUGCAGACAAUCCAUGUAUCACUCCUGAUCUUUACACUACUGGCAGUUGGAAGCUCCCAACCGGUAGAACCAAAUUCUCGUCAAGAAGAGCAAAACUCUCCCAAACUCGAGGACCAAUGCAGUUUUGAUGAUUUAAUGUGUCAUGAAUCCCUGAAUGAAUCUCAAGACUCUCCUCUAGAUGAGACUGUCAAUGAGGAAGAACCUCAGUCCGCUCCCAAGCAAGAGCCUCAAGUUGAGGACAAAGAGUCCAGUUCGCACAAAUGUGAAGAAAACAAAGCUAGACACGAUGUGCUAUUGCAUACACUGGAAGCUGAAGACGCCCUAAAAAGAGUCAGAAGUGUACUGAGAGAUGCAAUUUUAGACUAUAACGAGUUGUUUGACGAAAGAAGAAAAGUUUGUACCAAACUCCAGAACGUCAUAGAGGCAUACAGGGGGUAUACAACCAGCAUUGAAAACACAGAUAAGCUCAUUAGAGAAACCAUCAGAUCAUUUACCAGGACCUUGUGCUGCAAAACAGACAAUUUGGCGAUUCAGGAUCACAUUGAUAUGUCAGAUUCACUCGUGGAGGUGCUGAGAGACUCGAAAUCAAAACUGGAGCUUUAUGAUGCAGUCGAGAAAUUUCGUGAAUCCUUCAAGGAAUACAAUGCAAUAGCCAACAGCAAGAGCAGAAGCCACGUUUAUAGAACAUGCAAAGACCUCCGCAGGACGUUGGAUGUUGCUCUCAAGGCUCGAGAAAGGUACACGAACAUCAUGAAGAGUUUCACAGACACGAGUCUCUUGGACGAGAAAAUCCACCUUUCACUAGAUGCCACGUUUAGAAACACGAUCAAAAACAUAGUCCUAGUAUGCAAAAUGAUCGAUCGAUGCUUUGGUGAUCUCAAUCAGGACAAGUUGGAAGACGGAUCCGCGGCCUGA